UUUAUAUCUAUAUUUAAGAAAUAACAACUACGUGUCAUAGGCAGGAAAUGCAAACGUCAGCCAUCAGUCAAACUCUACAAAGGUCUGUGUUUCUUGCGGUUACCAUAACAAGUGAGCACACGUCAGGAGGCGGCAAAGAACAGAAAUUUACUCUCUCCCAGUUCUAGAUACAGAAAUCUGAAGUCAAGAUAUGGGCAGGACCACACGUCCUCCUGAGGCUCUAGGGGAGGAUCCCUCCUGCCUCUCCCAGCUCCUGGGGGCUCCAGGCAUCCCUGGGCUUGUGGCCGCAUCACUCCAGUCUCUGCCUCCAUCUCCACGUGGCCUCCUCCUCUGGGUCUGUGUCUUCUAAGGACACCUGUCAUUGCAUUUAGGACCCAGCACAAAGCCAAGAUGAUUUCAUCUUGAGCAUUUUGAGAGCAUGUGUAAAGACUCUAUUUCCAAACAGGAUCCCAUUCACAGGUUCUGGGCGGGGGGUUAGGACUUGAACAGCUCUUUUGGGGAUCACCACUCAAGUCAUUGAAACUGUGUUCAGUUCCUUCUAGAGGCUCUAGAGUGGGGGAUCCUUCCUGCCUCUCCCAGCUCCUGGGGGCUCCAGGCAUCCCUGGGCUUGUGGCCGCAUCACUCCAGUCUCUGCCUCCGUCUCCACGAGGCCUCCUCCUCUGUGUCUGUCUCCUCCUCUUGUGUCUUAGAUGGACACCUGUCACUGGAUUUGGGGGCCCGCCCUACUCCAGGAUGAUCUCAUUUCAACCUAACGAUAUCUGCAGAGACCCUGUUUCAACACGGGUCGUGUUCCCAGGUUCCAGUGGACGGAGCCACGACACGAUGACGUACUGCCUGAACAAGAAGUCCCCCAUUUCGCACGAGGAGUCCCGGCUGCUGCAGCUGCUGAACAAGGCCUUGCCCUGCAUCACGCGCCCUGUCGUGCUGAAGUGGUCCGUCACCCAGGCGCUGGACGUCACGGAGCAGCUGGACGCCGGGGUGCGGUACCUGGACCUGCGGAUCGCCCACAUGCUGGAGGGCUCGGAGAAGAACCUGCACUUUGUCCAUAUGGUGUACACAACAGCGCUGGUGGAGGACACGCUCACGGAAAUCUCGGAGUGGCUGGAGCGGCACCCGCGCGAGGUGGUCAUCCUGGCCUGCAGAAACUUCGAGGGGCUGAGCGAGGACCUGCACGAGUACCUGGUCGCCUGUAUCAAGAACAUCUUCGGGGACAUGCUGUGUCCUCGUGGGGAGGUGCCGACACUGCGGCAGCUGUGGUCCCGGGGCCAACAGGUCAUUGUCUCCUAUGAAGACGAGAGCUCCUUGCGCCGGCACCACGAGUUGUGGCCAGGAGUCCCCUACUGGUGGGGAAACAGGGUGAAGACCGAGGCCCUCAUCCGAUACCUGGAGACCAUGAAGAGCUGCGGCCGCCCAGGAGGGUUGUUCGUGGCUGGCAUCAACCUCACGGAGAACCUGCAGUACGUUCUGGCGCACCCGUCCGAGUCCCUGGAGAAGAUGACGCUGCCCAACCUUCCGCGGCUCAGCGCGUGGGUCCGAGAGCAGUGCCCGGGGCCGGGUUCACGGUGCACCAACAUCAUCGCGGGGGACUUCAUCGGCGCAGACGGCUUCGUCAGUGACGUCAUCGCGCUCAAUCAGAAGCUGCUGUGGUGCUGACGGGACCCUUCUGAAGUUCGGGGCGCGGCGGCUGCAGUUUCACCCCCGACUUUCCAAGUAUUGUGACUUUGGGCCAAAUAUUGGUGAUCAUAGGACCGAUGAUAAUACGUUUUCUUUUUCUUUAAAAUAGAGAUGGGGUGGCUGGGCGUGGUGACUUCGCCUGUCUUCCCAGCACUUUGGGAGGCCGAGGUGGGUGGAUCAUGAGGUCAGGAGGUUGAGAGCAGCCUGGCCAACAUGGUGAAACCCCGUCUCUACUAAAAAUACAAAAGUUAGCUGGGUGUGUGGCAGCGCCUGUAGUCCCAGUUACUCGGGAGGCUCAGGCAGGAGAACUGCUUGAAGCCAGGAGGUGGAGGUUGCAUUGAGCUGACAUCGUGCCACUGCACUCCAGUCUGAAUGAUAGACCGAGACUCCAUCUCAAAAGAAAAAAAAACAGCCAGGUGCGCAGUGACUCACGCCUGUCAUCCCAGCACUUUGGGAGGCCAAGGUGGGUGGAUCAUGAGGUCAGGAGUUCGAGACCAGCCUGACCAACAUGGUGAAACCCCGUCUCUACUAAAAACACAAAAAUUAGCUGGGUGCGUGAUGGGUACCUGUAGUCCCAGCUACUCAGGAGGCUGAGGCAGGAGAAUGGCGUGAACCCGGGAGGUGGAGGUUGCAGUGAGCUGAGAUCGCGCCACUGCACUCCAGCCUGGGCGACAGAGCGAGACUCCAUCUCAAAAAAAAAAAAGAUGGGGUCUCUCUAUGUUGGCCAGGUUGGUCUUGAACUCCUGGCCUCAAGUGAUCCUCCCACCUCAGCCCCCCAAAGUGCUGGGAUGACAGUCAAGAACCACCAUGGCAGCCCAUAAUAUGUUUUCUUAUUUCUGUAUUCUCCUUGCUGUGGCGUCUGGAGCCCUUACAGACCCAGGGAGACACUGUCCUCCCACAGCUCACUAAUUACUAAACACAGUGACAGACCACUUAGGAACCGGCCUCCCCUGUCAGCCAACCCCUCGGCUAGUUCUCACACCAAGCCUAUAGAUAUAUAUGUGUGUAUAUAUAUGUGUGUGUUUAUGUGUCUGUGUGUAUGUGUGUGUGUAUAUAUGUGUAUAUAUCUGUGUAUAUAUGUAUGUAUAUGUGUUUAUACAUGUGUAUAUGUGUGUAUAUAUGUGUACAUACCUGUAUACGUGUAUGUAUACAUGUAUGUGUGUAUGCAUGUAUGCGUGUAUAUACACACAUGUAUACAUAUAUACGUGUGUGUGUAUGUGUAUAUAUAUGUGUAUAUAUAUACUUUUUUUUGAGAAGGAGUCUCACUCUGUCGCCCAGGCUGGAGUGCAACGGCGAGAUCUCGGCUCACCGCAACCUCUGCCUCCCAGGUUCAAGCAAUUCUGCUGCCUCCGCCUCCCGAGUAGCUGGGAUGACAGGCAUGUGCCACCACGCCCGGCUAAUUUCGUAUUUUUAGUAGAGACGGGGUUUCUCCGCGUUGGUCAGGCCGGUCUCAAGCUUCCGAACUCAGGUGAUCUGCCCGCCUCGACCUCCCAAAGUGCUGGGAUGACAGGCGUAAGCCACUGUGCCCAGCCGCCGAUAUUUCUUUAAAUUAUGUUUAGGGACAGGGUCUUACUCUGUCACCCAGGCUGGAGGGCAGUGGUACAGUCAUAGCUCGCUGCAGCCUCAACCUCCUGGGCUCAAGCGAUCCUCUCAGCUCAGCCUCCCGUGUAGCUGGGACUCCAGGGACGCACCCCCACUGCUGGCUAAUUUUUGUAUUUUUGGUAGACUCAGGGUUUCACCACGUUGCACAGUCUGGUCUCAAAUUCCUGGGCUCCAGUGAUCCUCCCACCUUAGCUUCCAGAGUAGCCAGGAUCACAGGCAGGCACCACCAUGCCCAGGUAAUUUUAUUUUUUUGUAGAGACGUGGUCUGGCUAUGUUGUCCAGGGUGGUCUCAAACUCCUGGGCUCAACUGAUCCUCACACCUCAACCUCUGCCACAGCCAGGACCUCAGGCGUCAGCCACCACACCCACAGCUAAUUGUUUUUUUUGGUAGAGAUGGGGUCUGGCUCUGUUGCUCAGGCUGGUGUGUAGUAGGGGCACAGUCAUAGCUCACUGUAACCUUCAACGCCUGGGCUGAAGCAAUCCUCCCGCCUCAGCUUCCCAAGUAACUGGGAGUAUAGGUGUACGCCACCAUGCCCAGCUAAUUAUUUAGUAGUAGUAGUAGGAGUAUUAUGUUUGAGAUGGAGUCUCGCUCUGUCGCCCAGGUUGGAGUGCAGUGGCGCAGUCUCAGCUCACUGCAACCUCUGCCUCCCAGGUUCAAGCAAUUCUUGUGCCUCAGCCUCCUGAGUAGCUGGGAUUACAGGCGCCUGCCACCACGCCUGGCUGAUUUUUGUAUUUUUAGCAGAGAUGGGGUUUCACCAUGUUGCCCAGGCUGGUCUUGAACUCCCGACCUCAGGUGAUCCAUCCGCAUUGGCCUCCCAAAGUGCUGGGAUCACAGGCGUGAGCCACCGCACCUGGCCACCUGGCCUCAAGCCAGUAUUUCCCUGGCCCUAAAUCAUUCCUGGCUGGGUCCCAGCCCUGUAGAGCCAGCCCCCCAGCCCAGAGUCCUGCUGAAGUGUUCAAAAGUUGUCAAUCCUCAGCCGUUCCCUAGUCCUGCUGCCCCGUUCUGCGGAAGCCCCUUGAAGGCUGUGGCCUGGGCUAUUCCCUCGUUCAUUCCUGCCUCCCGAGCCAAACCCAGGUAUCCGCUUGUGCCCGGCGUGGUGUGGCAGCCUCUUCUCUCGGGAAGGGUCAGGAGUAAUUUCUUCUUUCAGUGGUCUCUCUGUGCUAGUCCCGGUCACCUCUGUGAAUUAAAGUCCUACAGGUACAAGGGAGACCCCACCCCACGGAAGGCGCCCCCAGUCCGCGUGGGAGACUCGCACACAGGUUUUCUGCACAGGUUUCUUUCUGCCUCUGAAGCGUGAACGGUCCUAGUUUCAGACGCAGAUCCUGCAAAUACUUUUUUUUUUUUUUUUUUUUUGAGAUGGAUUUUCCCUCUUGUUGUUCAGGCUGGAGUGCAAUGAUGGCACGAUCUCAGCUCACUGCAACCUCUGCCUCCCGGGUUCAAGUGAUUCUCCUGCCUCAGCCUCCCGAGGAGCUGAGAUUACAAGCGCGUGCCACCGUGCCUGGUUAAUUUUGUAUUUGUAUUUUUAUUUAUGUUUUGAGACGAAGUUUCGCUCUCGUUGCCGAGGCUGGAGUGUAGUGGUGUGAUCCUGGCUCACUGCAACCUCCACCUCCCGGGUUCCAGCAAAUUCUCCUGCCUCAGCCUCCCAAGUAGCUGGGAUUGCAGGUGCCUGCCACCACACCCGGAUAAUUUUUGUGUUUUUAGCAGAGACGGGGUUUCACCAUGUUGGCCAGGCUGGUCUCGAUCUCCUGACCUCAGGUGAUCCUCCCGCCUUGGCCUCCCGAAGUGCUGGCAUGACAGGCGUGAGCCACCGCGCCCGGCGUAUACCUGAUUUUCUACAUGUCGCUUGUUGGAGCUGCUGGUUCAAGUUCCCAGCCAGCCAAUGGAUGCCAGCACCAUUUUUACUCCCCUUUCCCAAGCAAAUCGUGCAUUUCUUUGUCUAACGAGAGACAUCAGUUUUUCAGGAUGAUCCUCAAGAACGUUAUGGAGUCCAUGUUGCAAUAGGUUCUUUUUGGGACCUCAUGACUCAUUUUCCAAAAAUCCGCUUCUACUUUUGGUACCCGGUUGCUACGGUGAAAUGAAGGUGCCCCGCAUCCAGAAAGACGCAGUGCUGGACCACAACCGGCGGCUACCUCAGCCCCACAGCUCUGCAGGAUCAGGGCUCGGGCAGGCCCCACGGAGAUGAAGAAUUUGCAGGAAGCCUCCCUGACUUCCGUCGGCUGUGAAUCCUUGUCUGUCAGGAGCGUAUCCACAAAAUCACCGAAUUCAUACAGAUCGUUUAAAUAAAUGAACAUCAUUAAAGUCAAA